AUGGGCGCCACUGUCACAGCACAAGAAACAGAGACGGCUGAGGCGGCUGUUUUCGACGGAGUGGUGCCAUUGGAUCGCAAAGCUUUCGGCAAAAUCCCACAGCUGACCUUCUGCCCCGACUGUGGACGGCUGUUUGAUGUAUUCACAAGACCGCGUCGCUGCCGCGUCUGUGGUGAGGCGCUAUGUAAGAGGUGUUGUCUCCUUUGCCGCAAUUGGAAAUGGCGGCCCAUAUGCGCCUACUGCAUGGACAGCUGUUUGUGUAACUACGCUCAACGCACGUGCGGUGACUCCUUCGAUGAGGCGCAUCGGAACAAACUGCGUUGGCAGCAGCAAGGCAAGAAAACCAGCUCCUGUGAAAUUCUGCGUAGCUUCUUUAUAAACGCCAUAGACGCCCAGGAUUAG